UCGAGUUACUCGCCGGUUAUUGAGGGUUUAGCUCUAUAAUAACUCGCACGCGGUCACUACGUCGGUUGUUUUAUCGUUUUAUCUCACCGUUCCACGUGGAGAUUUUAUUUUGUUUAGUGAAGUGGUUCCUGUGCAGUGCGAGUGAUUACGUGCUUGUAAUUUAUUUAAUUAUUUAUAUUUUCUUCUAACUCAAUUGUAUAUUGAUUAAUAUUUCCCACGUGGUUUCAAUACGGCUAAAUCAUUGAGCUGGAUUAUCAACGUGCCGCCGGCAACUUUAUAAGAGCCGGCGGAAACAUGUGUGAUGGCAAUACAGCCUUCUCAGAUUCACUGCGCAACAUGCAGUGUUUAGCGGGCGCAGGGUCCACACCAACCGGUGUUGGUGUCGGUGUCGAGCAAAUGGGUGUUUCACUUGCUAACUCCCUGAACGCCGCAGCAUCUGCGGCCGUGGGGGCUACUAAUAAAAAACCGCAAUCGGAGCACAUCAAGAGGCCGAUGAACGCGUUUAUGGUGUGGUCGAGGAUGCAAAGACGGAAAAUCGCUCAAGACAAUCCUAAAAUGCACAAUAGUGAAAUUUCAAAACGAUUAGGUGCCGAAUGGAAAAAAUUACCAGAUCACGAGAAACGUCCAUUCAUAGAUGAAGCCAAGAGAUUACGUUCGGACCAUAUGAAAGAACAUCCGGAGUACAAAUACAGACCACGACGCAAACCAAAGACCCUUAGAAAAGAAGGCUAUCCUUACAGUAUUCCGUACGCCAGUGUGCCAAUGGAUGUUUUACGUUCCGGUAUGGGUUCAAUGGGACAACCAGGAAUGAGUCCUUACUAUGCACCAGCAACGGCCUACGGAUCACUAUCGGCAGCCAGUAUGGCUAGCAUGGCCAGUAUGGCUGCCCAGCAGUCUGCCGCGAUGUCUGCUAGUCUUGGGGCACCUGGCCAGGUCGUAACUUCAAUGGAUGCAAUGAAGUAUUCAAUCGAAGCGGACAAGUUUCGCGCGGUAAGUUACAUGCCUCCGAGCACUCUUGCAAUGUCGAUGUACACCGACCAGAAGUACAACUUAGACUCGAGCACAAAAUACUUAGCGGAACGUGGGUACUUUGACAACGCACGCGCGUACAUGGAGCAAUCCAAGCUCUAUGCGGACAAGUCGGCCAUUAACGACUACAGCCGCAAUGCCUACGACGGCAAUAAGUAUGAAGAUUCAAGCCCAGGAGCGCCCUCUAAUCCCUCACCUACAGCUGACUCUCCAGACAUGCUCAAGCACCACCAUCACCAUCACCACCACGGAAACAAUAUGAUGUCCGGAAAUGAGCGCAACGAGCAGCACAGUUCCUCAAACGCUAGCCCUACAUCUACGCCGACUUCAUCUGCGACCAGUCCCGGGGUCAGUAUUCCUGCUUACUAUCCAGGACCACCAGGUGUCCAGGGAUCGGGACUACUGGCGCCACAGAUCAGCCAAUACGCUUCUGGGUACUCAUCACCCGCUCCUGGGUCUAAUGAUUAUCGUCGCCCGGUCACUGUUCUUUUCUGACCCGACAGGGCAUAGCUUUCAUCGAUUGUAAGCAAAUAUCAAUCAUCUUUGUAGGGUUACAAUUAUUAACUUUAUUCUAAUAUUAAUUAUUACAAUAAUGAACUAUUAUUAAUUAAGAUAAUUGGAUGUGUUUAAAGGAUUGUUGU